AUGCGCCAAAUCAGUUCUGGAGAUGCUCUGGAGCAGCAGCUUUUCAGUGGCGCCGAUAUCGAUAUGGAUGGGGUAUGCACAAGGUGCAGGUCAAUCCCAUGGGAUGAGCUUGCUUGCUCUGAGCCUCCUACUUGUGAGGAGGGAGUGCAGAUUAUCGAGAUUCCAGAGAGUCAUGAUCAUCUCUUGAACUCUGCAUGCCGCAUUUGUCGACUUUUUGCAACCAUCAAACCAGAAGUCGCCAGUCCAAAUUUCGGCAAAGUCAAGGAAGGACCGAGACCAACCGAAAAGGCGCCUGAAACAUGCGUUUUGACGAGAUUCUCCGCUCGAUCGGCUCUGUGUGAGGCCGUGGAUACCAAUGUUGAGUUUGGUGUUCCAAACGAUGGCAAUAUUCUGGGCAUGAUGUUUAACGAUGUCGGAAGACCCAAUUGGUUUUGGAAAGCUGGCUUUCUUGGUAUACAACAAUUGACAAGAAAGGCUGAUUUUGGGAUACAUUGCAUCGAUUCCAGUACUGCCAAUUUCGAUAUGAUAAAGAGCUGCCUGUCGAUAUGCCAAAAUACUCAUGCUGCAUGCUCAGCCACAAAGGGUGCACCCAUUCCAGGGCUUCAAGUUAUUGAUUGCAUGCGGACACUUCCUGAGGUUAUCGUAGCGCCUACGGACUGCGAGUAUGUAGCACUGUCAUACGUUUGGGGCCCGACACCAUGGACUGGAGCAGGAUUUUCUCCCGUCAUAAUGGACGCAAUGACCGCCACCGUGAAACUGGGUUUGCAGUAUUUAUGGGUUGACCGUCAUUGUAUUGACCAAGAUCAUCCAGAGCACAGACGUGACCAGAUAGCACGCAUGGGAGACAUAUACGCACAAGCUGCUAUUACCAUCAUUGCUUCCUCGCAUAAUCUUUCUAGCUAUGGGUUGCCCGGUGUAGGCCAUGGUGUCCGUCGGCCCCAGAGUGUGGAAAAGAUUGGAGAAAUCACACUGAUCGAAGGUUACGAACACCCUGCGUACGAAAUUGGGAAGUCUCCUUGGGCAACCCGGGGAUGGACACUUCAGGAGACUUUGCUCUCCCCUCGGCGAGUAAUGUUUUCCGAUACACAAAUUACUUACCUCUGCGACACGACGUUUUGGGUGGAAUCAUGGGAACGGCCGGGACUGGAUACAAGACCACGAGACAGUUGGAGGUUUGAAACCGAAGGGCUUGUUCCGGUAACUGAUCGCCUGAUGGCGGAUACCUUUGGAGCCUAUCGGCAUUCCAUUAAAAUAAUGAUGGGAUAUUCUGAACGAUCACUAUCAUACGAUACUGAUGCACUCAAUGCGUGUCGCGGAAUUAUACAGCAAUUGGAGAAGUCAUCCAUCUUCUGCCCCUGGGCUAUCCCAGCAAGUGGCGAACUUUUCAUGAUUGAUUGGUAUCACCCCAAAGGGCCUCCCGAGAAGAGACGUGGCAUGUUCCCAACUUGGUCUUUCCUGGAUUGGCAUGGCCCCAUCGUAGCUUCGCGGUUUGGGACUUGGAACUAUCAGCACAUGAAGAUCGCGCUUGGCAGCCUUCACGAACCGACAAUCUCCUUUCCAUUGGAAGGCCAGAUUCCAAGCACUGAAACGCUACUACGAAGGGACUGGCGGUAUCUGCACAUCACCGGACCAAUUGUCAACCUUCAUAUGGUGCAACGAGAGUUUGAUAGCAAACAGAGGUCGCUUAGCACCACGCUCAACCUCUCCCAAGAUGGAUUGAGCUCAAUGGCCAUUAUCCCUCGGCCACGAGACGGACAGUUCGUGACUCUCCAGGUGUCUGAGAAUGUUCACAUGUUGUCCGUCGUAAAGUGGGACGUCGACGAACUUCCAAGCUCAGUCGUUGGGCUGGUCCUACACCGAGGGACAAGGAUUAGCAAUUCAUCGCGGGUUGUAGAGCUCUCGGUUCUGGUUCUCGAAGAAAGCGAAGGUGUUUAUCGACGGGUUGGUUUCAUCAGGCACUUCCUGUACGAUGUGAUUCGCCCAUACUCCCCAAAAAGUAUUAUUCCAGAAAUCGCAUUCACAGAUUCUGCGGGCGAGUCACUAGACGAACUGGACUGGCCGAUUGAGGUUGGCGUAGGUGCAAAAUACAGUACCGAUGAUCCUUUGUGGGUCAAGGAGGCUGAGAUGAGAUCGAUUAUAAUCGAGUGA